AUGAAAGUUGCUGUGGUUAAGGGUGGGAUUUUGGAGGUUGGUGUUCAAAUAUAUGGAGGUGGGUUGUGGCACACAUGGUUUGACCGAGACUUGACUGUGGCAGGGAGGGUCAUUGUACGAGAAGCGAAUGCGGAUUCUGUUUUGUACUCACAUCGCCUUGUUAGAAUUGAGGAACCUAUAAUGCGGAUACCAACUUUGGCAAUUCACUUGGACAGGACUGUUUCUGAUGGAUUCAAAUUUAACUACGAGACUCAUCUGAUUCCCAUAUUGGCAACAUCACUGAAGGGUGAGCUUAACAAAUUGUCCUCUGAAAAUGGUCCAGUCAAAACUGGAAAUCAGAUUGAUGGAAAGAAAGCAAAUGAUAAAACAGGCACCACUAAUACGAAGCACCACCUUCUUCUUCUGCAGUUGCUUGCAAGUAAGCUUGGGUGCGAGCCAGAUGACAUUUAUGAUUUUGAAUUGCAAGCUUGCGAUACACAGCCAAGUACAGUUGGGGGGGCUGCAAAGGAAUUCAUUUUUUCUGGACGACUUGAUAACCUCUGCAUGACAUUUUGCUCACUGAAGUUCAUUAAUUCAAACCCAAGUGGUUUUUAUAAUACUGUGUUUGGGAUUACGUUGGGACUGCUGGAUGUGGAUUGUCAACGGGAUGAAAGAGGGGAUAAUAAGUAUUCCCUUGGAACUAGAGUCACCAGACCCUGGCCUGAACAGCCAACCCACAAGGGGGUACCCAUGAUGUGGAGCUUUGUGGGAUACUAUGAUCUGUCAGAGUCCCACAUUGCUGUUAUAGAGUGCUUCAACUUAGCUUUAAUAGACGCUACAUCCUCUGAAAGCAGCCUUGAGGAAGAGGCGGGAGUUAGAAUGGUGGCUUUAUUUGACCAUGAGGAAGUUGGAUCUGACUCCGCACAAGGAGCCGGCUCUCCUGUUAUGCUAAAUGCUGUGACUAGGGUUACCAAUUCCUUUGGCUCAAAGCCCAAUCUUCUGGAGAAAGCAGUACAAAGAAGCUACCUUGUAUCUGCUGAUAUGGCACAUGCACUGCACCCAAAUUACAUGGAGAAGCAUGAAGCAAACCAUCAGCCCAAACUACACGGAGGACUUGUCAUUAAAAACAAUGCAAACCAGCGGUAUGCAACCAAUGUUGUCACAUCCUUCUUAUUCAGGGAGAUAGCAUCAAAACAUAACCUUCCCGUUCAGGACUUUGUGGUGCGCAAUGACAUGUCUUGUGGUUCAACCAUUGGUCCUAUUCUUGCUAGUGGCGUGGGUAUCCGCACCGUCGAUGUUGGGGCACCGCAGUUGUCAAUGCAUAGCAUACGAGAAAUUUGUGCUGUUGAUGAUGUGAAGUAUUCAUAUGAGCACUUCAAGGCCUUUUACCAAGAAUUCUCUCAUCUCGACGAUCCCACGCCUCUUCGUCCAAGAUCCAACAAGCUGGGUCACGUUGACUUCAAGAUCCAAUAG